UUCAUUCUCGUGCUAUAAUCUCGUGCCCUCGAACUCUCGGUAUUCCCAACCGAGGCGGCAGCAGUCAGCCGGAGCGUCGUUUCUAUUCCUCUGCAUCGUCGUUAGUCUAGUGUCCAUCAGCUGAGUCUGGAAUUGCCUUUUUGUCUGGAUUCGGGAGAGAGAGCACAUAAAGAACGAGGCUGUGCUAGAUGUAAAGGGGACUCCGAGGGGGGAAGAAAAGCCUUCAUGUUUCAGCUGCCAAUCUUGAAUUUUAGUCCCCAGCAGGUAGCGGGGGUAUGCGAGACGUUGGAAGAGAGCGGAGACAUCGAGCGUCUCGGCCGAUUCCUCUGGUCGCUACCCGUCGCGCCCGCUGCCUGCGAGGUGCUUAACCGAAAUGAGUCCGUGCUGAGGGCUCGGGCGAUCGUAGCCUUUCACACUGGGAAUUUCCGUGAGCUUUAUCACAUUCUGGAGAACCACAAGUUCACCAAAGAGUCUCACUCCAAACUGCAAGCACUAUGGCUGGAGUCACACUAUCAGGAGGCAGAAAAGCUCCGAGGCCGCCCGUUAGGACCAGUGGACAAAUACCGGGUACGAAAGAAGUUUCCUCUCCCUAAAACUAUUUGGGAUGGAGAACAAAAGACACACUGCUUUAAAGAAAGGACCCGACAUUUACUUCGAGAAUGGUAUCUGCAGGACCCUUAUCCGAACCCAAGUAAAAAGAGAGAGCUUGCACAAGCUACUGGACUCACUCCCACUCAAGUGGGGAAUUGGUUUAAAAAUCGAAGACAAAGGGACAGAGCGGCAGCAGCUAAAAACAGGUUACAACAGCAGGUGUUGUCAAAUGGCUCGCUUCGGUCCUUAACUGGAGAGGAUGGGGCUGUGGAUCGACUGGGAAACGCGUCCAGCCCUGAAGCGAGCCUGUCGAGCAAAGCCGCUGCUUCGGCUAUCUCCAUCACUUCAAGUGACAGCGAAUGUGACAUCUAACAUCGCAACACAAACUGCCCCGGGGGCUAUACAGGAAGACUAUGAGAAAAUUAACACAUAACGAAGGAAAUUCAGACAAUCAGCAAGAUAAACAAGCACAAUAGUGCCUGCCUUAACGUAUCAGAGGCCGUCUUUUUUUUGAAGGGCACCAGCCCGGAAUCGUGGGAUUCAUGGAAUGCUUUGUUUCAAUUGUAUUUAUUAUUGUUUUUCCAGAGCAAAUUGGUGCAAACACGAAUAAAUAAUAUUAUAUAAAAAUUAAAACCACGUUUGUAAGCCAUUAGGUGCCCUUGAUUGCCUCAAGCAAAUGGUGCCCCUAAAAUAAUUUGUCCAAAUUAUUGUUUAUUUUCUAAGGACUUUGUCGAAAUGUUUUUCCCUACCAGGUUUUUUAAAGUGUUUGGACACUUUUGGUCAUUUUAAGUCUGGUCAUUUUCGAUGAAAACCGGUCGAUUUUUAAAGCAUGUGCG